UUUUUUUUUUUUUUUUUAAAUUUCUCCGCCGGUAGAACUCGACUGUCGUCCUGUUAGCAUCCACAGCUAAAAAAGACGAUGAAUCCCAGCGCUCCCAGUUACCCCAUGGCUUCCCUGUACGUCGGGGACCUGCAUUCGGACAUCACCGAGGCCAUGCUGUACGAGAAAUUCAGCCCAGCCGGAGCCAUCCUCUCGAUCCGGGUCUGUAGGGACAUGAUCACCCGGCGGUCCCUUGGAUACGCCUAUGUCAACUUCCAACAGCCAGCGGACGCUGAGCGGGCUCUGGACACCAUGAACUUCGAUGUGAUCAAAGGGCGUCCCGUACGCAUCAUGUGGUCGCAGCGUGAUCCGUCAUUGAGGAAAAGCGGCGUGGGGAAUAUUUUCAUCAAGAAUCUUGACAAGUCCAUCGACAACAAGGCUCUUUAUGACACCUUCUCUGCUUUUGGCAACAUCUUGUCGUGCAAGGUGGUUUGUGAUGAAAAUGGCUCUAAAGGCUACGGCUUUGUGCAUUUUGAGACUCAGGAGGCUGCUGAACGAGCCAUUGAAAAAAUGAACGGCAUGCUGCUCAAUGACAGAAAAGUGUUUGUGGGUCGCUUUAAAUCUCGCAAAGAGCGUGAGGUUGAGCUGGGAGCCCGGGCCAAAGAGUUCACAAACGUCUACAUCAAAAACUUCGGCGACGACAUGGAUGACGAGAAGCUGAAUGAGAUCUUUAAUAAGUACGGAAAYGCUCUGAGUAUUCGGGUUAUGACGGACGAAAACGGAAAGUCCAGAGGGUUCGGCUUCGUCAGCUUUGAAAAACACGAGGACGCCCAAAAAGCAGUGGAUGAAAUGAAUGGAAAGGAGAUGAAUGGAAAGCUCAUCUACGUUGGCCGAGCCCAGAAGAAGGUGGAGCGUCAGACGGAGCUGAAGCGCAAGUUUGAACAACUGAAACAAGACCGCAUGACUCGUUACCAGGGUGUCAACUUGUAUGUGAAGAACCUUGAUGACGGGAUUGAUGACGAACGCCUGAGAAAGGAGUUUGCGCCGUUUGGUUCCAUAACUAGUGCCAAGGUGAUGAUGGAAGGUGGGCGCAGCAAAGGCUUCGGCUUUGUCUGCUUCUCGUCCCCAGAGGAGGCCACAAAAGCGGUCACAGAAAUGAACGGACGCAUUGUGGCCACCAAGCCGCUCUACGUGGCCCUGGCCCAGAGAAAAGAGGAGCGCCAAGCUCACCUGACCAACCAGUACAUGCAGCGCAUGGCCAGUGUGCGCGCAGUGCCAAAUCCUGUCAUCAACCCCUACCAGCCCGCGCCACCCUCUGGCUACUUCAUGGCAGCCAUACCUCAGGCUCAGAACCGUCCUGCUUACUACCCAGCUGCUGGCCAGAUGGCUCAGCUGCGCCCGAGCCCACGUUGGGCUACCCAAGGUGUCCGACCCCAGCACUUUCAGAACAUGACUGGUUCCAUGCGUCCGUCAGCACCUCGCCCUCAGACCUUCAGUACCAUACGGCCUGCCUCCCAGGUCCCCCGCAUGAUGUCCACCCAGCGCGUUGCCUCUCAGGCUCCCCGACCAGCCACUGCAGCUGCUGCAGCAGCGGCUCCAGUACGUGGAGUACCUCAGUAUAAGUAUGCAGCAGGAGUCCGCAACACCCAGCCGCACAUCAGUGCUCAGCCAGUCUCCCUGCAGCAGCCUGCAGUCCACGUUCAGGGACAGGAACCUCUGACUGCCUCCAUGCUGGCCGCUGCUCCGCCACAGGAACAGAAGCAGAUGCUGGGUGAGCGCCUAUUUCCGCUGAUCCAGAACAUGCAUCCCAGCCUGGCAGGCAAGAUCACCGGCAUGCUGCUGGAGAUUGACAACUCUGAGCUGCUCCACAUGCUGGAGUCCCCAGAGUCUCUUCGCUCAAAGGUGGACGAGGCGGUGGCAGUGCUGCAGGCCCACCAGGCUAAAGAGGCCGCCCAGAAAACUGUGACAAACUCUGCUGCUGUCCCAAGUGUCUGAACCCAAGGAAUAACAACCUUGAGAUGAGCUUCUGUGCUAGAGAAAAGGCUUGAAAAAAUGUAAAAACAAAAAAAUACACAAAACAAAGUAAAAAUAAGUUAAAUAAUCAUAAAAAAAGAAACAGUUGAAAUAAGUUUCCAACCAAGGUUAAAAUGACCAAACGAAACCCUGGUCAGUUUUUGUUAAAGAGAAAAUCCAUAAAAAAUAGAAAAAAAUGCAAUAAAAUAAAAACAAUCAGUUUGAGGAGUUUUAGAAGAGAAUUCUGUGAGAAAAUGUAAUUAAAGUAUUUCUUUCUGCUAUUUUAUCCCUUUUUAAAAUGUUUGAAUGUUUGAGCUGUUGAAGCCUGUUAUUGUUUCUUUAACCCUUGCUUGCUUGAAUAAAAGUUAUAAAAUAA